ACAUGGCGGAAGCUCCAAGAAAUCGGCUACCUUCGGGUUUCGACGAGGACUUCGUGAAUGCAGUUGAAGAUGAAAAUCUCUGUUUGAUAUGUCAUUUGCCGCUCAAGAAAGCUGUUUUAACAAGAUGCGGACACAGGUUUUGCGAAGAAUGUCUCGAGGAACAUUUUAGAAGGCAGAGGGAUAAAGGCAAACCUUGCAACUGCCCUGCAGAUAGAAGGGACCUGGACCAAGACCGGGUAAAUGAUACUCAUUGCUGGAAACAGUUUCCCUACUUGCUUAUAGGUCAUUUAUCCUUUCAAAUCCCCCCCCNGUCGUAG